GCAAGAAAAGAGACAGCUGAGGGGUAAGAGUUCCUCUAAGUGAACUGUGCGCUGUGAGCGGCGCUCAGCGCUCAAGCAACAGCAACUGGAGUUCAGCAGUGCUUCACGUUCAGGGGGGAAGCCUUGACGAUAAGGUCCACGCCGAAUCUGCACGAUGAGUUCGGCGCAGCCUGUCAGUGCGGAUCAAUCCGCAACGACAGCGACCUCCACCACUACGCCUACCCCCGCAACAACCAAUGCAACGACGAGCACCACAUCGAGCGGAUCGCCGAUUCCGCUGUUAUUGCGGAUUCCACCUUCGAAAAUAGACUAUGACCGAGUAACGAACGGAUGGAACCUCGAGAGACCUGAUCUCCUCAGGCUCGUCGGAGUUCUCGAAGGUGAACUACAAGCUCGUGAUAUUGUUAUUGCUGUUUUGAAGAGUGAGCAUGUAAAGCAUAUGAUAUACCCCGCCUGCUCCCAAAUGGUACCGCCGGGGUCCCGGAAUCCGAUCACGAGUUUGUGGCAAGAUGUCAUCGGUGCCUAUGAUAGCUACGAGGAACGAAUGGAUGUGCGCUCCCUCCGCAAUAUACAACAGGUCCACGCUAAACUAGCACAAAAAAUUAUCUCAAAGAACAACGAACUAUUAUCUAAGAUAAAGGAGCGAUGUUGUCAGUCGUGUGAAUGCGGUUCGAUGCAGAACAAAGUUUCCCUGGGAACUCAACUCUCCAAAGAGGCCAAGGAAGAAGCAGACCGAGUGCUCGAAAAAGAAACGAAAGCGAGUCUUGUUUUGGAACAGGAGCGCGACCGGCAGAAGCAGAUUGUGUUGCUGUUGCUAAAUGAACGUCAGCGACUACUCCAGAAACUCGAUACCGCCCGAACCAAUUGUCAGAGUUUACUACAAGCGCUCCGUAAAGAGAAAUUGAGAAACAGUGAGAUGGUCGACGGCUUGGAAGAGGAGAGCAAACGUAGUCUCUACAUGGAGGAGCAAAUGGAUGCUGUGAGCAAACAAUACAGCGCUCAUUUCCAGCAGUGCUCGGUCGAGGUGGAUUCUCUUCGUGAUAAGAUUGUUCGACAACAAGCUGAAAUCGACCGGCUCCGGGUGGAGAUCGAGAAACUCUCGAUGUCGUCGGGUGCCGUCCGGAGUCAAGUGGUCAGCAGUCAAUCGCCCGCUCCGCCGAAGAUCAUUCCAGUCUUGUCUACCGCUCAGUUGGCUCAGAGGAACAUCGCCGAAGCUCCUCAGCUCAAUAAAACAGCUCCAAGUCGACCGAGCGACAGGCCCGUGCCUCCACCAGUACCCCCUAACAAACCGGUCAUCCUCCGGAAGCCGGCGCACCUCACUGCGAAUUCGGGCUCUACGACCACAGCUCCCUCACCUUCUCCUCCUGCCACCACGGCCAUUGCUCCAAGUGGCACAACAGCUGCCAAUAGCACCACCGACUCGGCGACCGCGGCUCCGAUCGUCCCGACAUCCGUUGCUCAAGCGUCGCACCCAGCGCAGGAUCCUCUCGACACUGAAAUCAAAAACUUCCAGAGCGUCUUCGUCGCUAUGAUGGGAAACCCGACGCCGUCGUCCCCACAACAAACGCAAGACGUCAGUGUUGCCGAAAGCCCGGGGUCCGCCGGAACGGGUCGGAGUUCAAUUAGGAGGCAAUAGUAGGAACCGAACGGAAUAAUUUCGCCGAAUCUCAUUUUCGGGAGACCGAUCAGCGAGCCCUGA